CCUGGCGUGAAUUUCCCGUUUCAUUCGUCGACGGCCUGUGUCGUGAAGAAGCGAAUAUGACCAUAAGGAAUGUCCGGGACCACGGGCAGCGUUACAGACCGCGGAUGGCAUGCCUGAAGAAGGUAGAAUCUGUGGUGUUGGAGAUGCAGGACCCCAAAACUGGUGUAAAAUGUCAGACACAAAGGCUUGUUAUCACCACCAUACCACAUGCUAUAACAGGAGAAGAUAUUGUGGCAUGGAUUGCUUAUCGAUUCAAAGUAGAUGCUCUGGAGGCCCGAGCUAUGGGCACCAUGAUGGUGGCAUUUGGAUACAUCUAUCCACUACAAGACCAUAAGAGACUUAUCCUUAAACCAGACACAUCCUUGUAUCGCUUUCAGACACCAUAUUUUUGGCCUGCACAGCAAUGGCCGGUGGAAGACACAGACUAUGCAAUAUAUUUGGCGAAAAGAAAUAUACGCAAGAAAGGGAUGCUGGAGCUGUAUGAACAGGAAGAGUACAACAAUCUUUACAAGUGGAUGAAUCACAAGUGGGAUUUUAUUGUAAUGCAGGCCAAAGAGCAGGCAGGUAAGGAGCGGAAGAAACCAGACCGGGUGGUUUUUGACUGUCAGGAACGGGCCUACUGGGUUGUACAUCGGCCACCACCAGGAACAGUUAGUGCCAUGGAUUAUGGACAUGAAAGGAUGAUCGACCCCAAUAUGGAGGAGGUAAAGAAAAAAACAUCUGACUACUACAGAAGAAUUAUCAUGUUCACUCAGCAGUGCAUCAUGAGACCAAGGGUAAAGUCAUCUGUGUCAAUUGGAGCAAUUGUUAAGUACUCAACAACAUACAAAGAGCACGACCCCUUUCUCCACCCGUGUCUUCCGAGUAGCCCCUGGUUAACUGAUGAUAUUACAUAUUGGACUCUUAACAUGCCAAAUGUUGAGACCCCUACUAAAAUGAGGGUGGAGCGCUGGACUUUCAGCUUUGGAGAACUGCUGACUGACCAACGAGGAAGGGCUGAUUUCCGACUCUUCCUUAAAAAGGAGUUUAGUGGUGAGAAUCUUGCCUUCUGGGAGGCUUGUGAAGAUCUGAAAUGGGGUGCAGCAGAGACAAUGAAAGAAAAGGCUCAGCAAAUAUACAAGACCUUUUUGGCUCGUGGAGCUCCUCGUUGGAUUAACAUUGAUGGGAAAACAAUGGAAAUAACAGUGAAGGGUUUGGGACACCCUCAUCGUUAUGUACUGGAUGCUGCCCAGACUCACAUUUACAUGCUCAUGAAAAAGGACUCAUACGGGCGAUAUCUCAAGUCCCCGGUGUUUAAGGAAACUCAGAAGAAAGCCAUUGCUCCUGAAGCACACAGAUUCAGUGAGGCGCAGUUGGAGCAGAACGCUAAAAGAAGGCGACCCAGUCUGAGUCCCAUCAUCCUUAGGCAGCAGGAGGAAGAACAGAAGGCCAAACUUGCAGCAAGUGGCCCAGUGGACAUCACACAGCUCUGCCGGUUCACAGCACCUGUGCCUCAUCUGGCCGUAUAUACAGGCUUUUGUGAAGCACAGUCCACUACCUCCCCAGGCCUCAUGACGCUGCCCAACAGUGCUGCCUGUCCUUCGCCCAUCAGUGUGGCCAUCGACAGCACUCCAGCCUCAGAGCGGAGGUUUGACGGUAACGGAGGGCCUUCGUCCUCACAUUUCCCUUCCAUUGCAGAGGCAUCUGUGUCUGAAGAAGAGAACCAGCCGCCUGCACCCAAGUCUCGCAUGGCUCUGUCUCUGAGCAGACUCCUCCGUAGAGGAUGCAAUGCUCCGUCUGUCUUUGCCAGUCUGUCCCCGAAAUGUGGUGUAGCUUCAGGGGGAGGCAAAGUACAGCCCCUCGGAGUGGAGCCACUUACACAACCACAGCCCAGGAGAAUUGCAAACUUUUUUCAAAUCAAAGUUGACAUCCCACCUGAAUGCCGCAUCUACCCUAUCGAUUCCGAAGACGAGGAGGACGACAGUCCCAAUACAGCAAGAGGAGGUGUGAAAGAAAUCAUUUGCCCAUGGGAAACUGUCACGAAACAAGAUGGAGCAGGAUAACGAAACCAAAUGGAAGUAGAAGGAAAUACACUGAACCAACACUUGUUUCAUAAAUAUUGUGUCUUGCAAUCCCGAGAAGGCUGUGGUUAGUAAUGUAUAAAGUAACCUGGUCUCUAAAUUGACAUGUUUGUUAUUUUUGAUAGAUUUUAGGUAGUGCCUAACGUUAUUGUAGCCACUGAGAUGAUUUUGUUAUAAAGUAAAAAGAAAAAUGUAAAUAUAUAUACGUAUUCUGAUGUCACCAUUCUUUUAUGACUGAAGGGGCCUUAUUUUAAGAGAAUUUCUUUUGUUUAUCUGUCAUCAGUUUGUUUAGUGGUGUGAACAACAGAUUUUGUACUUGGCUUGUUUAUUGUUUUAUAUAGCUGCGAAUCAUGCAUCAACGUGAAAUGCUAUGAGAAAUGUUAUUUUCAUAGAAGUAAAUUUAGUAAGGCAGUACAACAGAAUGUAAAUACACGUUUGCUGUCUGAAUGUAUAACCUUUAAAAUGUUUACAGUUCACUUGAAAAUGUGAAUUUGUUCAUGACUCAUGUUUAAAUUGUGUAAGUGCCUCAAUAAAUGAUUUUAAAGUUA